ACUAUCAUUUUGCUGACAUUCACAAUUUCACAGCAUUAUUAUUUAUUGAUAUUUAUUAUACUCCAUUGAUUCACAUAAUUUUUAAAAUUAUAAAUUUGUAUUUUUUUUCGGUUGCAUUUACUUUUAUAUACUCUUUAGUUGCAUUUGUUUCAAUGUCAACUUCGUGUAUCUUAAAAUGAUCUGACGCACAUUUAAUUUAAAGAAACACAAAAUAUAUACUAUAAGUUGAUUGUAUAUAAUAUAUGAAGAAUAAUUUGGUUUCUUUGAGUAUCUAAAAUGAGUGAUUCCAAAAGCGACGAUGUAAUUACCGAGAAAAUAGUAAAUGCCGCAAAGAACAAUCCUAAGGGAGUAUCUGCGAAAGAUAUAUCAGCUGCAGUACCGGAACUUUCGUCGGCCGAGCUUGUCGCUGCAAUCAACAAGUUAUUACAGCAGGGCAGUAUUGAUUUAUACAAACAAGGCAACACUCUCCUCUACAAAUUUAAAAAUCAAAGUUCCAAAGCUGCUAUUAAAGGUGCAGAUAAUGAGGAAAAGGUUGUCUUUAACCUUAUAGAAGAAGCCGGAAACAAGGGAAUAUGGAUAAGAGAUAUCAGACACCGUUCAAACCUCGCCAACACUCAGCUUACAAAAGUGUUGAAGAGUCUUGAGGGCAAGAAAGCUAUUAAAGCUGUAAAAUGUGUCAAUGCAUCUAAAAAGAAAGUGUAUAUGCUGUAUAACUUAGAGCCUGAUCGCUCAUUAACAGGAGGUGCCUGGUACCAAGACCAAGAUUUUGAAUCAGAGUUUGUUGAUAUCUUGAAUCGUCAGUCUCUGAGAUUUCUACAGCAGAGAGCAGAUAAGAUAAAAAAUAAUCCCAGAGGACCUAUUGUAGGACGAACACAAUCAUAUGCUACAGCAGCAGAGGUUCAAAAGUAUAUUACAGAAUUAGGUAUAAGUAAAGUUCAACUUGAAGUAGAAGAUGUAAUAACUAUUUUAAAUACAUUGGUUUACGAUGGGAAAGCAGAAAGCAGCGUUUAUCCAGAUGGGAGCAAGGUGUAUCGAGCUAUAGAGCCUUUAAUACCACCCCCGGGAAUAGUGCAGGUUCCGUGCGGAGUGUGCCCACUUGUAUAUAAAUGUUGUUCAACGGGACUCAUUACUCCUCAAGACUGUGAAUACAUGAGUGCAUGGCUGGAUAUAUAAAAUGUACUUGGGUAUUACUUGUUACAUUAAUAAAUGUAUUUAAAAUUAAA